UGUUGUGCGUGUGACGGGAGAGUGUGUUGCCGCGCCUCUCUCUCUCCCUCUCUCUAUCCUUCCCUCCUAUCUUUGUGUGUAUGGAGUUCUCGCGCCCUGGGAAUUACUAAGGACUUCAUCUCCACGACCAGCAGCAUUCUGCCUUCCCGUGGCAGAGUGACGGAGGUCCUUGUGGAGCGCCUGUCUUGUCGUGCAGGAGAGGCGGGCAGGUCGUGUGCGAGGCAUGAAGGAGCAGCAGCGUGGUUGGUGGCGCGGUUACAGCCUCUAGUUGUUAGCUUGUAUGGUGCGUCUUAGGCUGGACGGCUGCCUGACAGGUCCUCUUGCCUCCUGGCCUCCGUGGCUUCCUCGCUGGUCUAAGAAGGCAUUCUCAGACCACGCCGAAGGGGCCUCUCCCGCUCUCUAGUGUUGUCGUAGGCCUAUCCAUGAGAGCCUGUUUACCUGUGCGCCGUCUCGUGUGAGAGCGAGACCCUCUGGAAAAGAAAGCAAUAUAAUCCGAGCUUAAAAAGUCCGAGACCUGGCCCGUGCAUUGGCCUGAGGUCAUCGAGUGAGGACGGUGAGCGAUACCGGGAAAGUUGUCAGUGAGUGUUGCGUAGUGUCGGUGUUGUUAUUAUUGUUGUGAUCCGAGUGUGGCGUGGCGCCAGAUCCGAGGUGGGACGGCGGCGCUGGAUGAGUGGUGAGCCGUGUUGCAAUAUGGAGGUCGCCACAAUGGUCACGUAAAGUGGAGGCAGCUCAGCAAGUGUUGGAUGUGGGGAGACCAGCAGCGUGUGGUGGGUCCCCAGCAGGUCGGUGGAGGUCAGUGUUCACACCAUCACCUCCUCCAUCAGCACCAGCACCUUCCCCCACACCACCAUCACCACCACCUGCACAUCUCCCCUAAACACCAUGACGACGGAGGUGCUUGGCCACUAGCCCCCUCCUCCUCCACCUCCUCCACACCUUCCACUUCCUCCUCCGCCAUCUCCUACACUUCCCCGCCCUCCUGCUCGCCGCCAGGAGAGUCCUACGCCAAUUGGAUGGCCGAGGCGCUGGCCACCUGCACCAGCUACACCAGCACCUCUUCCCCUUCCUCCUCCUCCGUCAACAACUACUCCUCAUACACCUCCACCUCCUCCUCCUCCUUCUCCACCAGCGCCACCCUAACGUCCCCCACCACGCCCACCUCCAGCAUUGCCUCCCCAGUGACCACCUCCACGUCGCCCUCCAUCGCCGCCAUGUCCCUCAAGAUGAACAGCGUGUAUAUAGACACGUCCCCCUCCAGGACCUCGAAGCCGCCUCCCACGGUCAGGUCGCACUCCCUCGACCAGCUCAAUUUCGAGGAGAAGCGGCAGCUCAUAGCCUCCACGCUGAGCUUGAGCGACCUCCUCGGAGGCGGGCCGCAGAAGGGGAAGCUCAAGUCUGAGGUAGAGACUCCUUCGGAAACCUCGGCGACCCCGGGUGCCAACACGCCGACGUCGGGCACUAACUCUAUCGUGACCAAGUCCACGUCGCUCUCGCUCUCCGACAUCAUCAACGCCACCAAAAGCAACAAAGCCAAGGGCGGCAAGACCAAUGGUGCAGUGCGAACGGUGUCCGGAGGCACGGGGGCGCGGACCCCCCCGGCGGAGCGCUCCAAGAGCAGCAAGCUGUCCGCCCUCGGCAGACUCUUCAAGCCCUGGAAGUGGAAGCGGAAAAAGAAAUCCGAGAAGUUCGAGGCCACGUCCAGAUCUUUGGAACGAAAGAUUUCGAUGCGGGUCAACAAAGAAGAGUUAGUACAAAAGGGCAUUUUGCUGCCCGAUUCCCCUACCUCACCUAUAGCAGAAGAGCCUGUGAAGGAGAGGUGCGAGGGCGUGAACGGUAAUGUUGGAAGUGGUGAUGGUUCGCCUCAACAGCACCCUGCCUUCAGCCCCCUAGCCUCUGGUGCUCCCACAACCACCACAACAGUUCCCCCCCUCAGCAGCCAACCGCUGUCCACGACCCACGAGUCCCAGCCCCCAGACUAUCAUAGUCACCACCACAUCAUUUCCUCAGACAGACCGGAGCGCCCAACGUCACUCAUGGCACCGGGCGUUUCCGAUGGGGGCAUGGGAGGAGUACAAGUGUUGCCAACAGAAAUACCGAGUGGCUUACAUCCAGUUCACCAACGCGACACCCACACCUACUAUGGAGGGCAGGGCUCUGCGUCAGAGUACAACUCUAAUGAGCAAGCCUACAUGGACCACCACCAUGUUGCACAUCUCCCAGAGCCCCCGAUCCCUGUGUCGGAGAUCGGGCCCAUCCCUCCACCCCCAAUGUUUUCCUCGCCGUCACCUGUGGUUCACCCAAGGAGUCACCCUCCCCCGCCGUAUCACCCACCUACGUCAGUGGCUGGUGCAGGGGUACAGAAUGCCAUGGGUCACAAUCUAUCUAAUUCUGAAUAUGGUGUCAGAGAGGAUGAUGAUGAUGAUGAUGAUGAGGAUGAUGAUGAUGAGGAUGUGAAAAGCAGUUCAGCUAAUGGCAUCCUCGGAUGGUUUGAAGCCAGAAUGGCGGAAUUUGCUAAUGCUGAUGAUGAUAUAGAAGAUGUAGAUGAGGGCACAGAGGUUGAUGGUGUUGUGUUUUACAACACCAACCAUGGCCCUUAUGUUGACACCUCCAGAGUAGAAGAAGUACCUGCACGGGAGCCCAGACUAGAUGCCAAGCCUCUGAAAUCUGCACUCAAGAAGAAGAAUCCCUCAGGAACUGCCAAUGGGUCUGCAGGCACGCCCCCAGCUGGGACUCCCACUGACGGGGGCAAGCCUCUGACUGUGCGGCAAGAUGGCAACAGGCGCCUACCGCUUCGACCCAGUGUUAGGAUUAGGUUCAGCACGAAGCCCAUCAAAUUUUCCUACAGCCGAGGGGAUGGUGGAGACAAAUCGUCGGGGGAAAACAAGGAAAACAGCGUCCCGUUCACAUACCUCCCUCCCAACACUGUCCUCCCAAAUUCCUUACAAGAGUCACGGGUGGAUGAUGACGACGAGGACGGCCCUAUCCUCUAUCGUGAAGAUGAUGAGGAUGAAGAUCGUCUAGCUUCAAAAGUGGCAAGAAGAGACAGUCUUGCACAGAAGUUGGCUUGUCGACCAAACAAACAAGACCUAAUCGAUCGAAACAUCAUCCACAUGCAAUCAGAGAAUGAUAGGAAGGAGUUUAGAGAAGCAAUUGGAGCCAAGCUUACAAGACGUUUGAGUUUACGACCAUCAGCGGAAGAGCUAGAGGAAAGAAAUAUUCUUAAAACAACUACUCCUGAGGAGGCACGUAAACAGAAGGAGGAAAAAAGAAAAACUCUCUUACGAAAGUUGUCCUUUAGGCCAACUCUAGAAGAGCUUCGAGAACGAAAAAUUAUACGCUUCAAUGACUACAUAGAGGUGACUCAGGCACAUGAGUACGAUCGACGAGCAGACAAGCCAUGGACGCGUCUUACACCAAGAGACAAGGCAGCCAUUAGGAAGGAACUGAAUGACUUCAAGAGCAUGGAAAUGGAGGUGCAUGAAGACUCAAGACAUCUUACUCGAUUCCACAGACCUUGAUUGGGGGUUAGGCGUAGUAAGACGAGCCCAAUACUCCACGAGAAGAAGAAGAAAUAACCCAAGCAACAUUUAUAUACUGUAUUACCAAUGAGUGUGCCUGUUGUAUUGUGUCUGAUACUCUUUACUUAAGAAGAACACUGUCAACAAUUUGAUCUUUUUAUGUUCUUUCAUUUCUCUUCCCCUUUUUCAGCUUCUUCUCUCUGGUUUUGAUACAAACACAGGAAUAAAUCAAGAAACACCUUAUGAUAUGGUCUUGCUAAUGAUAAGAACUAAUGUUAAAACAAUUUUAGUAUUUAAAUAACAAUUAUUUUAUUCCAUACUAUUUUACUUUGUAUAUAUUAUCACUUGAGUGUAUAUGUGUAUGAAUGUAUUCAUAUAUACAUACAUGAAUGUAUAUUCAAUUUUUCUUUUCAACUCAAGAACAACAUAUGAGGAUAUUUUGAAUCUUAUUUGAAGGGCAAGCAGUAUCAGACCACCAACAAAUAACACCAUGGUAUCUUUCAGUGUUGCUGGGUUUUGAAGGAUCCUUCCAAAUUUGUCUUGUACCAAUGUAGAGCAUAUAUAUCACCUACUAUAGUUUACUACAUUUGAUCAGUCAGUGUGUAUAUGUAUGCCAUACAUAUUGAUUAUUGUGUGGUUUGUUCAGUGGUUUCUUGGUUGUUUGGACAAUAACAACAUAGUCAUAUGAUAAUGAAGUAAGAUAUUUUACCACUUGUAUUUUUUUUUUCUUAUUUUUCUUUUUAAGUAUAUUUUUUAUCCUAGAAUAUGUUUUAAAUGUGUUUAACACAAUGCAGAACUGUGAUGAAUAGGGUUUGCAGGCUGUAUUUUCUGUCAGAUAAUCAGAUAACUGAGAUUCCACUGUGUACAUGCGUUGUGUGUGUGCAUUGCUUUAGGUGCACAUGAGCGUGUGUGGAAGCCCACGUAUUGCUGUGAUACUGAUGCUCUGAGUGAUAUUACAUGUUAGUCCUUGGGCCAGCAUCUGUCAUUCACUGGUGUCGGACUAACCACACCAGCAUCUGUGCCAAGGGGUCUGGGCGGAGUCUCGUUACCUCACCUACCUGCACAGAAUCAUCUUUUAAGCCAUUCUCACUUCAGUGAAUGUCCAACUAGGGUGGAAACCUCUCUCUUUAACAUUGUAUAAUGGAAGGUAUUAGAGAUGAAUAGAUUUCUAUUGCUAGGAUAGAGUGAAAUGUGAAAAAAAUAUUUCAACCAUUCUACUUGCUAUUUUUGUAAACUUCUUCCUUUCCUUUCCUAUCCAUCAUUUUUAUGAGAAGUUGAUUGUUAGCCCCCAUGACUGAAUGAAAUAUUUGAUUUGAUAAAUUCACUGUCUAUUUUGACCAAGAAGGGCAUGUGUACAGCUAAGUGAGUUUGUUAGCUUCCUUGGUCCAGUUUAGGUGGCCACUUGUUGUGAUAACCAACGACUCUGUAACUCCAUAGUUUCUUAGAGGAUACACUUUGUUUAGGAUUUUGUGUCCAAGUUAUUCAUUACGAAAAGAGAUCAUUACGCAUCUCGGAUAAUGGUGUUGUUAUUAGUUUCGACAAUCACCUUGUUACCAGUUGUUGUAAGUCAUUUUUUUAUCCUUUUUAGAAUGUGCUUCAUUGAUGUUUUUACAUAUAUUCUAGAAGACUUAGUAAGCUAUUAUUUGUAGCUUGGGUCCAAAAAAGGAAAAAAAGGUUGAAAAUGAACAGGGCUUACAAACAUACUUCCUUAUCUCGAGUAAGGGCAGAUUAUGCAAGACAUCAUUCAGAGAAAUUGGACAUUUAUUUGGUUGAUUCCAGUGUGUUUAGUAUCAAAAGUGCCAUUGAUCCUUUUCAUUAUGAGUGCCCUUCAGCAGUAAAUCUAAAGCAUGUUGUUAAUGGAAGAAACAAAGGAGUAGAACCUCAAACUUAGAGUCCAUCUGUGGAGUGUUGUGUACAAAUGAAUUGCCUUUUUCAUGGGUGCUUGCUAGAUGGGCAGAUUUCUAGCUUAGAACCUUGUAAAAAAAGAAAAAAAAGAAAAAAGAAAAAAAAACUUGUCCUCUUUUUUGCAAAAACACCCCCCAAAUGAACACUAAAUUUUGAGCAAAUAAUUUAACACCACUUUAGGUUACAUUUUAUUUGCUGAUUCCAACUCUUCCAGUUUGUAAGUAAAUUACAUGAGAAAACGAACAUUGUAUUUAUUAUUUUCUUUGCUAGCUGUACAUUUUUGCAGAAUAAUAUUGGUCUGUAUUUGAGACACAAAACACAAUUGAGUCUGUGAUUUUGUUGACUGUACACAUCAGAUUAAAUGUUUUUGAGGCGUAAUGGAAGACAGCAUUACUCUUUAUUGAUCGUCCACACAGUAUUCUCCCUCCCCCGUGCGUUGUUGCUUGAGACGUGUGAAAGGAGCAUUUAACAGGCUGAUAAACUUAUUUUGGCCUUUUGAGUAUUGUACAGUUCACUUCUUCCAUCUUCAGUAUUGGAAAUACAAUAUAUGCAGUUGAAUACAUACCGUGACCUCCCAACACAGCUGCUGGGUCAAUAAACACUAGCAUCUUGUAGACUUCUGCUCUGUCUCUGUGAGAUAGUAUGUUGCAGUAAUAGCUCUGGGGGCUCCCAUUUACACUUGAAGAGCAGUAUAUGCCAAAGCUGAAGUAAAGAAGAUGUAGGAUGAGCAAGCUAUAGAUAUGCAAAAUAUUUUAGUAUGCAUUUGUAUAUCACCGCUGGUUGUAAAUAUUGUUACUGAUUUGUAUCAUGAUCUCAGAGAUGUAAUGUUCAAGGCUCCAUUAAUAAGUUCAACAUAACAGCAGGUUACCAUGCAGGCCUGUUCAGUGUAAACUUUUGUAAAUAUGAUGUACUCAUUACCCACACUUGUGUACAUAGCUAAUACAGCUUCUCCCGUCUGCCUGCUAUGCUAGGGGUGGCAUGUAUACCAUGUUCAUAGGGUCAGCAACAGUGGUUUUGGUUCUCAGGUGCAACUAUGAGAGAAAAAAAAAUGAAUAAUGGCUAUGGAAAAAUACUUUUAUUUUGUUACAUUUAAUUGGCCAGUGCUGCUGAUUUCUUCUCAUUUAUGUGGAUUCUAUAUAUGAGCCUUAAGAGAACCGUUUGUUUUGUUGCAAUGAAGCCCCUGGACUGUGUAUGCUGCCAUUCUUAGUGAAUCAAGUCAUAACAUUUAUUCUCAAAAAUUUGUUAUCUAAAAAUGGAGAUCAAUAUAUCUUCACAGUAGAUUCCAAGUGAAUAGGUUCCCCCUUAUAUUAAGUGCAAAAUAUUAUUGUGUGGAAGAGAAAAGAGAGAGAGGGAGUUUCUAAUAACCCUUGGGGUUUACAGCAUUUAUUUUGUAGUUUCUGUUAUUGGAAAAUUAAUUUUGAAAUUUUAUGGUAAUGAGUGCUGGAAGAUUGAAAAAAAUAUUUGGCACAUUGUAGUCUCACAAAACACCUCUUUCAGCACCCAGUUACCAAGCCCCAAUGUUUUUUUUCUUUAUUACAAAUCAUAAUUAAUUUGAGACUGAGUUCCAGAUGUCACCAUGAUUUUACUUGAUUACCUAACUAGGGAGUGCUGGUUACUGUUAACUUUUGCUCACCUACAGAAUUCAAAUAACGAGUCUUUGCUCAAUACCAGCAUUAUGUGUACCAUAGAGAUCAGCUGAAGAAACUUUUCAUCAGAUAGGCAUGAGCUCCUCUCGGUCCUCUGUAGGAUGAUUUAAUCCCUCUUUAUUAGGUGUUUGUGUUCUCAUGAGGCAUCCUUCAUCCUUCAUCCUCCUGUAUGUGUGACGAUAGUAUCGCUGCAGGCAGUGGGUGUCAGCUCAUACCAUCCCCAUCACUCCAGUGUAUCUUUGUAUAUAGCCUAUACCAACAUCCCAGAAACAUCUGUUAUUCUCCUGCUUUAUAACUAGCUCUGUCAUUGCUUUAUACUUGUUGGAAUAAAACAUCACCGUCUUCCA